UCCCCGUGGCCUGUACGUAUAAUUGGCAGAAGCGGAAUUCUCGCGCUGACGUAGCGCGGGGAUGUGAGGUCAGAGGGGAAAGGUUAAGGCAGGAGGCGCGAUGCAAUAUGGCGGCCACCAAGCGGGUUUUGUACGUGGGUGGCCUGGCUGAGGAGGUGGAUGAGAAGAUCCUGCAUGCAGCCUUUAUCCCCUUCGGAGACCUCACAGACAUCCAGAUUCCCCUGGACUAUGAGACGGAAAAACACAGAGGGUUUGCGUUUGUGGAGUUUGAGCUACCAGAGGAUGCAGCUGCAGCUAUUGAUAACAUGAAUGAGUCUGAAUUGUUUGGUAGAACAAUACGAGUGAAUUUGGCCAAACCCAUGAGAUUAAAGGAAGGCUGUUCAAAAGCAGUUUGGUCUGAUGAUGACUGGCUCAAGAAAUUCUCUGGUAAAACACUGGAAGAGAAUGAAGAUGCGGAAGGUGCAGAAGCUCCUAAACCUGCAGCACAGGAGGGAGAACCACCAGUUAAAAAACUCAGAGUUAACCCCCAAGUCUACAUGGACAUCAAAAUUGGGAACAAGCCGGCUGGGCGCAUCAGGUUUCUCCUGCGAUCUGAUGUUGUUCCAAUGACUGUAGAAAACUUCCGCUGCCUCUGCAACCAUGAAAAAGGAUUUGGCUACAAGGGCAGCAGCUUCCAUAGAAUCAUCCCGCAGUUCAUGUUGCAAGCAGGGGACUUCACCAAUCACAACGGCACAGGGGGAAAAUCCAUCUAUGGGAGGAAGUUUGAUGACGAAAACUUUAUAUUGAAACACACAGGGCCAGGCUUGCUAUCUAUGGCCAAUUCUGGUGCAAAUACGAAUGGCUCUCAGUUCUUCAUCACAUGUGACAAGACGGACUGGCUUGAUGGGAAGCAUGUAGUGUUUGGAGAGGUGAUGGAGGGAAUGGAUGUGGUGCGUCAGAUUGAGGCUCAGGGUAACAAGGAUGGGAAACCUAAGCAGAAAGUGAUCAUCUCGGAUUGCGGGGAAUAUGAGUAACAUUGGAGACUGCUGUAUUAGGUGGUGUUCUGGAAUUUGCCCACUGGUACCAGCCAUGAAGGAGCCGACUAAUGUACAAGACUAAUGGACUUCACGUUUUCCACUGGACAUUUUGUAAAUUAUUCAUUUGUUUAAAUAAAUGUUCUUAUUUUGUA